UUUUUUAUUUUGCAUUUUAACAAUUAUUGGGGGGUUUUUGCAACUUCUUUUAUAAUUAAUUUAGUCAUCUUUUGUUAUCUACGGCCAGUUUCCGGUCUUAAGCUUUCCGAGCUUUCUGAGCUUUCAAAAAAUUUUUACCCACCUUCAGCAGCUUUCCCUUCAAUUUCUAUUUUGCAUUCUACACCAGGGCUGGGCUUAUUUCGCACUUUCGCGUUUCGCAUCUUUCGCAUUCUCGCAUUUUUUGGAGCGAAAAGUUUCGCUUUUUAUUUUUAGAUUUCGCCCAGCCCUGUUCUACACGCUACCUAAAUAAACUGAUCAAAUCUUGCGUUUUGUUCUCCUUUCUUUUUUUUCUACAUGUAUCCAUAAUGUUGACAGGCUAAUGAAUUUUUUUUUGUUGGGUAAUAAGCUGUCUGCAAUCGAAAUUUUUUAGACAGCGGUUUGGACUAUCCAUGUUACUUAAUUUUAACUUUUAUCAUUUUUUUAAUCUUUCUCUUUAGUAAAUUUCUAUAAUUUCUUUUCUUCAUUUUCUCCUUAACCUUUGUUCUUUUUUUUCAACAUUUUCUUUUUUUUCUGUUAAUUUCUUUAAUUUAUUUUUUUUCAAGAGAGAAAAAAAUUACAUAUUUUUUAAAAUUAAAAUCUGCUCAAUUUUAAAAUGGUCAAAACAGAUGAUUAUAUGGAUAAUGAUUUGACAACACAAACACAAAAAUUUGAAGAACACUUGUUAAAUGAGGAAAUUAGGAAAAAUGAAGAUGUGCAUAAUCAUGAUUGGUUAACUUCUCCAAGAAGCAAAUCCACUGGAUUACCUGAAUAUGAAUCUGACGAAAAUCAACAAAAAACGGCCUCUCUUGACAGUGGAAGUCAUGACGAUCGACGUAUUCGACGCCAAAUUGCAAAUUGUAAUGAGAGAAGGAGAAUGCAGUCAAUAAAUGCUGGGUUUCAAUCAUUACGACAACUUUUACCUUCCAAAGAUGGGGACAAAAUGUCAAAAGCUUCUAUUUUGGCGGCCACGGCAGAUUUUAUCCAAAAUUUGUUACUUGAACGAGAUAAAUUAUUGGAAGAGAAUGCUGAGAGUGCUGCAAAGAGGCGAAAAAUGAAUUUUGGAGAACAAAAUGGAGCGCCAACAUUAGAUGAAUGUAUCAAAACAAUAGAAGAAUUGCGUAUUUUAUUACAAAAUGAGACUUAUUUAAGAAUGAAAUACGAAAAAGAAUUGUUUGAAUCAAAAGGAAAAGCAUCAGAAAAUAAUUUAAAUGAAAGGACUCCCCCUUCGACAGGAACAAUUUCUACUAGUAAUUUAUUUUGUCAACAGCCGGUGAUUAAUAAUGCUAAUAAUAAUAAUUGUGUUGGUAUGGGAAAUGUUUCUCCUCAAAAUGAUGCUGUUAGAAUGACCAACAUUCUCUCUUCUCCACUUUUUUCUAUCGCCUCAACAGCCGGGGUUUCUAAUGCUGCUGUUGCUGCACAGCAAUUAAUUAAAGCUGUUGUUGCUGCUGGAAAAGGAAUUAAUGAGAAUACUUACAAUCAUCCAACUUCUCAUUUAAUUUUGGAGCAGCAAAAAUGUCAACAAAUUCCCAACAAUUCUCCACAAUUAUUAAUUUCUCCAAAUAUCAAAAAUGAUCAACAAACAGGAAUAACAAAUAAUUUAUUAGAUGUUACAAGUCCUAAUAGUAGUGGUGGAGGAGGAGGAGGAGGAUUGAAUGCAUCACUUUCUAUUUCUCAAAGAAAUCUUCAGGUUUUAUUUUUAAUUUUUUUGGGGAGAUUUAGGGGAUGA